AGAUACGGCAACAUGUUCAUAUUCUAAAGCGAGAGCUUGUAUCAGCAAACAGUUGCUAAGAACUGUUACAGUAAAGCUACUCACGGUUGAUGAGAAAAAUGAACUUUGCGAGUAAGUAUUUUUUAUUGUAUUUUCUACAUUUAUAAAUAUUUUUGACUGCUUCCUUUCAAUUAAAAAGAAUAUUUAGUGCUGUAUUUGCUGGAUUUGAUGAGACACUGCAUCAGAAAGUUGAUAUGUAGCCAAUGAAAUGUGUUUGUCAUUAUUGAAAACAACAAAGGGGGACGGCAAUGAUGAUUGACUGUUAACAUGUGUCCCUUUGAUAAUUCUUAUUGCCUUAAGUUGUACAUAGCAAGUUCAAGGUCACACUUAAGACCUAAACAAUAAUUCUAGAUUUGGUUUCAAUUUAUUUCUCCCUCUUGCUUAAAAAAAAACCUGACAGUAUCACAACCCAGAGGUGAUGCACAUGUUAUAUUCAUGACAGCCUGAAGAAAACAAAUGCAGUUGUCCUAUUUUUUAAAAUCAUUAAAUUUAAACUUCUUUUGGGUGCGUCUGAUCAGAUUGAUACAAGCCAACCGUUUUUUUUUAACGUUAAUGAGAGAUGACAGCAAGCUCUGCUUAUCAGUAGCUUAAUUCUUUUCCUUUUGUCUGUUUUGUUCAAAUUGAUACACCCCGCCUUUGCACAUUACUUUUUUUAAGUUUGACAAUUGUUUUAUUUUCUUUCUCUGGUAGGUUAUUUUUUUCAUAUUCGUAUAUAUAUACUGAAACAUUAUCUUAUUUUUAAUUAAAGUCUGUGUGUUUUUAAAUUGUAAAUAUCAAUUUGAUACAUUGUGCCAGAACGAGAUAAUUAUACUGAUCAUUAGAUAUUUCAGGUUACUUCUGCCAUCUUACAUGGCAUGUGGUAGAAAAAUGUUUGAUCUUAAGAAUGUCAAGGAUAUAGAGGAUAUUAAAAAAAUACUUACUUUAGAUGCAGAAGUAGAUGGAGAUUUUAAAAAUGAGGUUGCCACAGAGAACCAAGAUGUGAGUGAAAUUCAUCAUAAAGAUUCAUAGUCGAAAGAAGAAGAGGUUGAUAAUGAUGAUGUAUAAGAUAAUAUUGACAUUGAUAUUUUUUAUUGGAAAAUACAAAGAAACAAAAUGGAAUAAGAAUCAACCUUCAAAUAGAGUGCAUUUGAAAAAUAGAAAUUUCAUUCAAAAACUUCCAUGAAUUAUAGCCCCUGCAGAAAUAGCACAAACCCAUCUUGAAUCCUGGAGUUGCCCUUAGAGUGAUGUACCACACAAAUCAAUAUAUUGAAAGAAUCAAAACACAAAAUUUCACACAAAAAAAAGAGAUCCGAGUCCAAUUGUAGAACAUAGAGAGGCAUGUACGUCAUUGGCCAAUGGUCAAAUUUUGUGCAUGAUAAACAUGCGUGGCAUCAAUGCACUUGAAGUGAAUUUAUCAAACUACUGCUAGAAGAAAAGUGUUUUUAAAGAAAUAAUCCCAUGAAUUAGCGCUGCCUCAACUUACUCAAAGCAGUAGAAAGUCAAUUUAUAAACUUCAUAUUUUAUUUUCUUGUAAUGUAUUUGCUUUUAUAAAUGUGUAAUCUUUACAUCAAAUUUUUUUCCCUCAAAAUUAUGUACUCAUUAUUAUAUGACAAAUAAACUAUUAAUUUCUAUUAUAAAUGUGUUGUUUUUUCAACUUACUUUUAAAUUUAAUAUUGUUUGUUAUCUUUAUUGAUAUCAAUUUUAUACAUCGUGCCUGUCCCAUUGCGAAAAGAGUGCACCCGCUAGAAGGUUAAGAUGAGCGAUUUGAGGCCACUUGUAUUUUCUUUUUUUUUUUAAAGUGUAUGCUUUAGCGAUUAUGAGGCCAUAAAAUGCGAUUUACUGACUAGGUUUCUAAUUUGCUUAUAUCCUCCACUGGAACUGAAACUUAUUACUAGCUUGUCUCAUAGUUAUCAUAUCAAAAAAAUUAUUUUCUCUAUUGAAACUUAAAAACUAUUCAAUUUUUAUUACAGUGAAUAUAGUCAGAAUGCAGUAAAACAGUGUGUGGAGCUAGCAUUAACUAAUUGCCCCCAAGCUGACAAAGAUUGGUUUUUGUCUAUCAGCACUUACACUGCAAACAUGAUUUCUAAACUAGAAAUUUGUGAUCCCAUACAACUUUGUGUCAUCUCAGAAGGAUAUGAAUGUGUCAACAAGCUUGGUACAAUCCUAGCCAAUUAUGACCGUAGUAAUGAUAAAGAUGCACUGUGCAUGUGAGUUUAAACCUUAUUUUGAAAAAAAAAAUAGAUUUUGGAAAUUAUAUCUUUAUCAGACAGAACAGCUAUGGUAGAAAACCUCCACUUUAAAAUAAAUAGCUUUGAUUUGAAGUUUAUUACUCUUAAUAUGCCAUGUAACCAUUAUUCUUAAUAGACAUAAUUUUUAUUGGAAACUUAAGAUGUAAUUCUUUUUCAAUAAAACGCAUCCAUUAUUUUUCAUCAAUCGGGACUUUGAUUUCAAUACUUAAAUAAAAUAAAUUAUAUAUUGUAGACAAUUAACUAAUAAAGAAAAAGGAGAGUUAACAAAUUCUUAUUAUAAAAGCUAUGACUAAUUUUUUGGAAAUUUUUCAAUCAGUUUAGAAGAUCGCAAAUGAAAUAUCUAAGUUGUUCCUGUGAACUGUAACUUUAUUUCAUUAAAAAAUAACUCAUUACAGGGGAAGACUUAAAUCUCAAGAAUGUGUUGACGAAUUUGUUUUUAAAUGUAGUGAUGCAAAGGCUAAACCAGUCAAAGAUGCAUUCAAGGUACGAAUUAUGUCAUCUUUAUGUAAUCAUAAAAGCAUUUUGAAUAUUUAUAUUUACACAAUUCAGAUCAUGAAAAUAGCAAUGAUAACAUUUCUUGUUGCCUUUGUGUAAAUAUAUAUUUAGGCAUAUAUUAACAUUAUUUUAAUCAAAGACAAAGCAUAUUAAUGUACUUUAGUGACAUUUUUAAGUAUAUGUCAGUUUACCAUUUUGCCAGCUCUGUCUCAAAAGUCAGCUUGAAUUAACUCUAACAUGCCUAAAAACAUCAGUGUUUUGCCAUGAGCCUCUUUGAAAUGAAAGAUUCAGUCUUUCAGCUGGCAAUAAAAUCAUCAUGACAGUAGCUUAGCUGGGGUUAGUGCCAUCUGGAGCUGGCCAUUGUCCACUUCCACCAAAAAAAACUAAGCACCAAAAAGGCUGCCCACAAUGAAAGUAAAAAAAUUGACACCCCCCUUUCCCCCACUUCCUGCACCACUACAUCAUGCUGAUACUAAUCAUCACAAAUCAUGUUGCCUGGUUGUUGAUAGAGAAACUCAUACAUCUCAAUGUUUUAUUGAUAGAGAAACUCAUAAAUCUCAAUGUUUUAUUGAUAGAGAAACUCAUACAUCUCAAUGUUUUAUUGAUAGAGAAACUCAUAAAUCUCAAUGUUUUAUUGAUAGAGAAACUCAUAAAUCUCAAUGUUUUAUUGAUAGAGAAACUCAUUAAUCUCAAUGUUUUAUUGAUAGAGAAACUCAUACAUCUCAAUGUUUUAUUGAUAGAGAAACUCAUACAUCUCAAUGUUUGUUGAUAGAGAAACUCAUACAUCUCAACAAUUUUUUAUAGAGAAACUCAUACAUCUCGAAACUCAUACAUCUCAAUGUUUUAUUGAUAGAGAAACUCAUACAUCUCAAUGUUUUAUUGAUAGUAAACUCAUACAUCUCAAUGUUUGUUGAUAGAGAAACUCAUACAUUUCAAUGAUUUUUGAUAGAGAAACUCAUACAUCUCAAUGAUUUUUUUAUGGAGAAGCUCAUAUAUUUCACUUUGAUGUUUACUUCUAACAUGUGAACAGACGUUUUGAAUACUAUAUGACAUUGCAACAUCUGAUCUUUCAACCUUUAAACAUUUCAACUUUUCAACCUUUCAACAUUCUUUUCUUAAAUUAGAUAUGUAGCCAUUAAUUAGCUUUACCAUAUACCUUAUAAACUAUGCUUCUUAAUGUCAUUUAUAAAACAAUCUACAUUUUUUAUAAAUUUACACACAUGAACAUUGGCCACUGUUUUAAGUAAUAGUACCUAAAAUCCUACAUGUAGAAACUAUAUUCUUGAACAAUUUACCAGAUCUAUGUCUAAUAAUUUACUUGUAUCUUUUUUUAUAGGAAUAAACUUAUUAAAUAAAUGAAUAAUCCAUAUGGUAUGUCAUUUUUUUCCAUAAAUACCCAUCAUGUCUACUGAAAAAUUAAUUUUUAUCUUACACAUGGUCUUAUGAAAAUUUACAGCUUUUCCGUUCAUUAUUUUCUUUAGAAAUUGUUUGAUAAGGUCAAUGACACUUGUAAGGACAUUGAACUGCCACCAGCUCCCAUUUGCCCAGCUAUACCAGAGAGAAACCGUGUGUGUUAUCUUGGAAAUUCUUUCCGUUGCCUUGCUGAUUUAAACAUCAAAUAUUUAAAUACAGGAGAUUCUCUGAUAUGGCGUCGACAGUGCCUGUAAGAAUUGGGGAAUUCUAGUUUAACAUUUUACUUCAUUAAAUUUAAAUGAUUCCUUAUUAUAUUUAUUUCAUUUUUGAGCUUGAUAAAAGAAAGGUAUGAACUCUCUAGUGAAUUUUUUGACUUUAAAAUUUGUAAACGUUCAUGCAGUUAGUAUGCUUGUAUUAAGGCAAAUGAGAAAUUUAAUACAUGUGUGAUAACCAGAUAAAGUGUGGAGAGAUACAGUGUUAUUACAGAUUAUAAUAAGCUUCUAAAAUGAACAUAGCAAGUUUUAUUUUUUAAUGUUCAAAUCUAUUUUUAGGGAAAUCCAGUCAAUGAUGGUAUGUGUUGCUACAAACACAACAUCUUGUGAUGCAGAAAGUGGUGAUGUAAAGGCCAUAAGAGAAUCCUUGAAAGAUAUCAGAACAACAGCUUAUGGCCAAUGUCCAUGGAUGUCUGAUGACCUUUGUAGUAACGAAGAAAUCUGCCCAGUGGUUAACGCUGGCUGUGAAGUCGAUCUUGAGCGUGGGAUGAUCAAUGGAGAAAAAACAGUAUGCGAGUGAGUUUUGGGAUACUAUAAAGUAACUUUGUACUUUCAAUAAUUAAUACCAAUGUAUUUUAUUCCCACAGUAUUUGUACAAUGGACAAAAUUUCUCCUGUAAAGUAUACUCAGUUGUUUUAGCAGUUGCAGAGAAUUAUACAAUGUGCUUUUUUUAUAACGUUGAAGAAAUGACAAAAUUGCACAAAGGGAUUGUAUUAAUUGUACUAUUUUAUUUGAAAACCACUGAACUCAUAAAAGAAACAUAAAAAUAUCAAUCAAGAUUCAAAAUCCUGAAUGAAUAUUAUAAUUUUUUGCAAUUCAAUAUCUUUUACUUGCCAGAUUGAAACAGCUUGCUGAUGAGUGUAUACAGAGAAAUACUGUCACCUGUAAUCAUGCUCAGAAGACUCAAGCAAAUAAUGUUCUAGAGAAGAAAGUGAGUUGAGCAUUCAUAUAACUUUAUGUUUUGCAACAUUGAUACAAUGUAUUAAUCAGAGAUGAUAUUUUUUAAAAAUUUACUUAACUUGUUGUUAUUUAAUAAUUGUUAAAAGAAGAAAAUUCAGUGUGCAAGUCAAAAGAUUCUAUUUUAAAUAUUAUAAAGGAUAUUUAAAUAAAUAAAUUGACAUUACAUUUUUUUUCCUUGCUCAAAGAAAAUAUAUUUUUUUCUUAGCUUCAAGCUCUUGGCUUCAGUAAAGAUUUAUCCUGUGACAAUAGUAGCUAUGAUGGAUGCCUGUAUUCCUUCUUAUCAGCUGCACGAGACAUUUAUGUUGAUAGUAGAAGAAAUGUAUCUUGUCAAUUGUUGCAAUCACAAUAUAACUGUAUAGCCAUGAAAAUUUCCAAUCCAAACAACUCUUCAUUUAUUGAUUUGGCCAGAAAUUUGUUGUCAGAACUUUCAAAGAAGUUAAUUGCUACCCCCUGCACAGGUAACUGAUAUGUUCAUGUAAAAAAAACUAACUCAUGUUUAUUCCAUAUGUUAUUCUAAGGUUAGUGGUUCUAUUACAUUUGGUAAUUAUUUAUUUUCAAUGCUUUUAAUACAUCUUUAGCUCAUGACUGUGCAUGUGAAUUAUACUUGCAGUGAAUGUCUCCAGUUCCUGUUCACAAAUUCCAGUGAGAAAAUUGUCUGAGCUCAUAACACAGCUGCUGCUAAAUGUCCAGCUGCAUACGACAUCUUUCUGUGCGUAAGUAAAUGGUUUACAUUCCAAGGUGUUGCGUAAGUAAAGGGUUUACAUUUCAAGUUAUUGCGUAAGUAAAUGGUUUACAUUCCAAGGUAUUAUAACAGAAUGAGCUAAAUCCCUUACAAUUUGUUUACAUUUAAAUGAAAUCCAUAUUUUUGCUUUUAACAAUAAAACUAAGCCAAUGAAUUUGAUAGAUGCAAAUUGUGUUAAACUAGAGGCUGUAUUUUAACAUAGAUUCAUUUGAAUGUAAGUUUAUAGGCAAAAUGGGCUAACUAAAUGGAUAAUUUAUGUGAUUUCUCUCAAUAAUUUCCAUCUAAUUUUCAUGUACAUUGGGUCUCCAUAUAAUGAAUACCCCUCAUGAUAUAUCAUCAGCAUAACUACUGAUGUUGUUUGCCCAAAAAAUAACUUGCUUAUCAAACCACAACUCACAUAAUGAACAACGCCAGCAUUUGCCAGUGUGAAAAAAAUUGAAACAAUCAAAACGCCAGAGCAUCAUAUGGCAUCCUCAGUUCAUUCUGAGCAAUUCUGAAGGGAAACAGGAGUCAGUGGCAUUCUUGUGUGUUUUUGUGUUGCGUUUGAGUGUAUGGUUAUGUGUAUACUUUUUGGUAUGUUUAUGUUACCACCCAACACCACCUCCAUCUUUCAAUGGACCAGCAGGCCAUUUCAAACUUCAAAAGCUUUACACCAGAGCCUUCUGCAGCAAGCCUGAACAACUCAAAAUGUAAAGGGGGCCGUAAAACUUAAUGAAAAACUUGUGUGGGCUGAAGGAAAAUAGAAAAGGGGUAAAGCUGUUAAGAAAAUUAUAAUAAUAAUAAAGAAUAUUUCUUUACUUCAUGGGCGGCAAAGUGGGUGCUGGCAGGCCACAUGCUGCCUGCGGGGGGUAUGUUUGGCAGGUGUGCUCUGCAGGAAAGUCUUUGAAGUGACACAGUGUUUGCCUGAAAUGGACACCAUCCGCAAAUUCUAGAAGAAAAAAUUUGACAUCUUAGGCUCAUUCAAAAGUCCUGGGUAGAGGUCAUAGAGAGAACCCUGAAUUCAGCUUGGAAGAAGCUGAUUCCAACUUAGUUUAAGGGAGUGGCGGCUUAAGACACUUAUCUGGUGGAGGAGAUCAUCAGGACAGCCAGAGAAAUCCACUUGGGGGUGGAGGAAAAGGAUCUUGAACAGAUCUUUGAAGAACAUGAGGAAAAGCUGAAAAUGGGGGAAUUCCAUGCACUCCUGGCUCAAGAACAUGAGAAGGGCCAAAAAGAAGCUCUCUCAGUUGAGGAGCAGCAGGCUGAGAUGCCAGUCCCAUCUGCAGACAUCAAAGACAUCUGAAGACAUCUUGAAAAAGUGGGAGGACAUCAAGAAAAUUGUCAGUGCUCAUCAGCCAGCCCUAUCAAGUUGAAGUCAGCAGUCAUCUCAUCUCUUCAAAGACACCACAAUGCACUAGUUUUAACAGAUGCUGAAAAAGAAAGAAAACACAGAACACUCUUGACAGUUUCUCAAAGCCUCUUUAGAAGCAAAAGAUAUGAUCAGCUGCUGUACAGUAGAUGGAUGUGGAGAUCAGCAGCACAUCCGAUGACUCCUCUGACUAAAACUAAAAAACUCAAGAAAAGAAGAACACAAGAAGAAAGUAUACAAAGUGUAAAUGAAACUUGGCAAAAUUGUAAUCCUCCUCCUCCAACUCCUCCUAAUAACCUCCUUGUCCGGCAAUUGCUCCUAACAUCCUCCUUGUCCUCCUUGUCCUCACUUAACCUCCUACCAAUGUACUUAUUGGUGAGCACCAGUACAUUUAACAUUUUUUAAACUGUUUCAAACUUUAUCAUUAAAACCUGGAACAAUUGAAAAUUUUAAAAUGGGAAAUCACAAUCCAAAUAAUGAACUCCCAGCAUAACAAAUGCUGUUCCAGAAUGGAUUUGGUUCAUUAUGUGGGGACCAUCUGUAUAGCUUAUGAAUAUAAAUGUAGGCCCAAAUGCAACAUCUUUAACAUUAAAACGUUAUUUAUUAAAGUGUAGAGAUAUAUUUGAUUGAUUUUCAUGACGUUAAAUUGAGCUGAAAUUUUUCUUGCUAUUUUUAAGACAAAGCUUGGCAAUCAUCCAGGAGCAAAAAACAGGAGACUGCAACAGUGGCCUUUAUGACAUUAUCCAAAAUUGUAAGAAGCUGUCUUUUUUUAUAACUUUUUAUUAAUUUCAUUAUAAUGUAUUUUUUUUAAAAUUUGUCUAUAGAGCUGAAACCCCACACUUAAUCUUAAAUUUUCUCUGAACAGAAUAUCAGUUAAAAUUAAAUACUAAUUGAUUUAAAUUGACAAGCAAUUUUUUUACUUAACAUUUAGUUCCUGUUGUAGGCUAUUUUAUUUAAUUUAAAAAGUGUUCAGUAGUUCACCACUAUUUGAAUGCAAUGUUUUAAAAUCAAAAAUUAUUUUUAAAUAUAUUAACCAUGUUACCAAGUUCAAAUGUAUAAAUAAUAUAUUGUGCAAAAGUAAUAACACAGUGCAUAACAACUAAUGUAAUUCUUAAAUAUUUUAAAUGUUAUUUGCAGCUUCAGCCUUCCAACAGAAAUGUGUUGGUGAGGUGCCUUCAUGUCUUGCUGCAAAAACUAAAAUAGAGGAAUGCUUAGGUGGAAACAGUGCAAGUUCAUGCCUGUAUGUGUUUCCCUUUUAAAAACUUUUAUCAUGAAUAUAAUAUUUUUUCUCUGUAUGCACCUAAUUUGUUUAGCAUAGAUUUAAUUUUGGACAUUUGAAUAUUUUAUUCUUGGUUUUAGUAAAGAAUGAUUUGAAGAGAGGAGAAGCUUAAGCAGAAACAAGUUGGGGGGAGGGCGGAAGGGGGUAACUGUUAGGAAUAAAUGGUAAUGGUUGAGUGGGAUGAUGGAGGCAUGAGAGCUUGAGAGGGAAAUGGUCUGUUUGAGGCAUGAGAGCUUGAGAGAGCAAUGUUCUGUUUGAGGCAUGAGACAUUGAGAGGCUGAUGGUCUGAUGGAGAGUACAGAGGGGGAGUAAAUGUUAGUAGAUGUAAGCAGAUGUUAGUAGAUGCUAGUAGAGAUGUAUGGGGAAGGAGUUAUCCUGUUAACCUCAUUUGCUUGUAUCAACAUUACUAGGGACCAAAAGGGAGCACGUUGCAUCAGCCAAUAUUUGCCUGUCAACUGUACGUUGGAUAAGACAUGGUACACUCAGCUUUGUGAGCAUACUGUACUAUUGCAGGUAAAAAUAGGCAGAGUUGAUUCUUUAAGUUAUCAAACUAUUUAAUAAAAUAUAAUUUUCAGCAAUAUAAAAGUUGACACACAUCUAAUUUUUUUUUUCUUUCACUUUCAGGUGAAUGGUCAACAAAGUAGUAAGAAUUUCAUCUCAGAAGCUGGGCUACAUUCAAGAUUCAGUUGGCUCUUUGUUGAUGGAUAUAGACAUUUCCGAAUGGUUAUGUCGGCUCAGCCUAUUAAUAGUAGUACUGUACCAAGGUGUGCAAAAGUUAAUUAACAAAUACCAAUAAACGGCAUUUAUAUAAAUAUUUAUUGGCUUUUUCUUCAAAUCUUAAAAUAAUAAAUGCUGCACCUCAUGUUAAGAUUUUUAAAAUCAUAGCUUUCUUUCUUUGUGGAACUAGAAAAGUCAUACUUGGCAACUAAAAGUCUAAAAGUGGAAAAGCUAAAUAUGAAGUGCUAAUAGCUAAAAAAAAAAAAACUUAAUAAACUUAAUAUAAAUUUACCUGCAAAAAACAGCCAAGCUUUUCUUCAAAUGUUGUGCAUUUAUGAAUUACUAUUCCUUUUGGAUGUAGUAGAAACAUUUAUAGAUAUUUUAAUUUAGCUAUAUAUUCAAUCUCUUAUAUUCUUUAGGAGUCUUAUUUUAUAUUCAAAUUUUGGGUUAACAUUUUUUUUAGACUAUUUAAAUUAUUCAUUUUUACAUUUUAUCUGGUUAUUUUUACAUGUGGUUUUCCUAUUAAUAGCUAGCUUAUGACCUUGUAUUCAAAAGUUGAAUCUAUUUAUAGUUGCCUUCAAGGAUCACAAGUGAAUGAUCCCAUUCCCCAAGUUUGUAGUGACUCAAAUCCCAAGACAUUAGGUAACAGCAGUAAUGAAAUUGCCUUCAACAUCUAUGCCCGCCAAGAUUAUAGAAUGGAUGGUCCUCAGUCGGUUAAAUUGGAAUUUACUGUAAUACCAUACAGAAAUGUUACCAACACUACCUCUGGUAACGAAACAUAUGAAGACUUGCUUGGCGCAUCCUUCAAACUUACAUAUAUUGUAAGUUAAAGCUUUAUUUUUAAAUAUUUUAUAUAUUUUUAAGUAUGUUUUAAUUCAUAAACUGUAUUCUCUGCAGAUGAUUUAUAAAUAGUAAUAUGCGUGACAUUUUUUUCUCCUCUAGAUUGAAGUUGAUGAUACAGAUGCAUUGAGGUCCAUGUGUUCAUCAAUAAAUGACCCCCAUAUAACAACCUAUGAUGGCUUGUAAGUAAAAACUUUGUUAAUUGGACUCAAGAUUAAAAAUAUUGUCUGUGAAUGAAUUUUUUUCCUUAGUUUUCUUUAAAUUGAUAUAUGAAAUUAAUAGUAUAUUAGUUAUCACUCUUGAAUUUUUGAUAAAGAUUUAUAUUAACUACUCUGGUUUUAAUAAGUUGAUAAUUUCAACUCUGUACUCCUCAAAUUACUCCAUUACUCUGUUAUAAGGUAUAGUGAUAUAAAAAUCUCCAAAAAUGGUAUUAACGAUAUUUGAUGAGUUCUUAUUGAUCAUCUUUAUAAUUGAUUAUAUUUUUUUUCUUCUUUUUCAUAGUAAAUAUAAUAAUAUGAAUAGUGGACUAUACAUCCUGCACAGACAUAUAAAAGAAGCAAUAGCAGUAAGUAAAAGACAGAAGCCAUUCUAGAAACACAAUACAUUUUUUUCUAGUUGACCCUUGAGUUUAUUUGCAAUGCACUAUUACUAUUAAUUAAUACAUACUUGAGAACAAAAAUUUAUGCUAAAAAUAUAUGUUAUUUGCAGCACCAACUAAAAUCAUGUAAUUGUAAUUUUUGUGGUAGGUAAGAAAGUAAGAAGACACCACUUAAUAGAUGUAAAAUGGAAAAAAACUUUCAUUUUAAAACUUUCAUAAAUUUUGCUUUAACUUCAAGGUACAAUAAUUUCUGUCAACUUUCCUUCACUAAUAAGCCUACAUUUGUAGGGUUGAAAAUUUCCUUAAGGUUUUUCAAAUUUUUUUUAUCCAAUAUGUGAUAUCUUCUUUCCCUAACAACAGGUUCUUGUCCAGUAUCAACAAUGUGCAGCCCAUGGCACCUGUAACUGUGCUGUGCAUGUCAUGGCCGAAAAGUGUAAACUUUCCAUUGAUCUUUGCAAUCCUAAUACUCCUUUGAUCUCCUUUGAUGCCCCAAAAGGAACUAAAGAUCUGCCAAUAAGUCUUUUUGUUGAGAAAGAUCAAAAGACGUACAGCGUAAGUUUAUUUUAGUACACCAUGCAAUCUCAAUUAAAGGAAUCUCCAUAUUUUGGGACUGAGAAAAUUUUCAUUAAAAAAAAUUUCUUUAGGACUCAUGGAGUUUCACACAGUCAUCAGUGGUCCUCAAAAGGACAACAGAGAAGGUAUAUGACACAUGGAGUUUCACACAGUCAUCAGUGGUCCUCAAAAAGACAACAGAGAAGGAAAAACAAAAUGCUAAUAAUUUUUGGUCUUAGCAAAUUUGUCUUUAUUCUCUGUUGUCUUUUUUUGUGUGCUGUUAAGUGCUUUCAGCUGAAAAAGCUGCUGUUUUGUUGUUGCAUUCUUUCUUCAGGUUUAACCCUAACCUUCAUUUUAUAUUUCUUAUUUACAAUUCUAUUUAUAAAAUGAUAUCCAACUCCAACACUCUCCCCCCCCAAAAAAAAAAAAUAAAAGGUGGUGGGGAUGAGAAAGGAUAGGGGAUUGAGAGAGGGCAAGGAGGGGGAGCUUUGGACUAGAGUGGAGGGGGCAAUGAAAGGGGAAAAGAACUUAAUCCCUGAAUUAUGGUUAUUUCAAUAUCAAGCCAACAGUCAAGUCACUCACAGUGAAUAUGAAGAUAUCCGUUAUUCACAAACAAAAGCAGUUAUCUUAGUCAUAAAAUAACUGUAGAUCAGCGUAAUUAUUUCCUUAUAUUAAACUUUUUUAUUAAGGUGCGCUGCCUUAAUAACAGCUAUCAAAGUAAUUAUCUCUCUAGUUAGACAUCUUUGUAAAAUGAACAUUAAAGUAACAACCCUUGUGAUAACUAUUUAUCAAGGUGAUCCUCAUUUUUAAGCAAAAUGACUUGGGGAAAUUGUGAUUUUUUUCAAAAGUAAUAGAUUUGUAAGUCCUAAGCUCACAAAGAACCUUUUGCUAUGUUGUCAUAAUCUAAAGCUCAGGCUAAGAUUUUUUUUUACUCUAGGACUUGCUCUGAUAGUUUAUUAUUUUUACUUUAUUAUCCAAAAUGAAAUAUUUAGUUUCACUUCAUAUUUCUAUAAUGUAGGAGUAAAAAUAAGACUCUUUCUAUCUAAGUAAUUCAUUCUUUUAUGUCAUUGGACCUGGAAAUAUAUAUAAAUAUCAUUGCCCCAGACCCAGACCUGGUCUCAUCGUCCCUGUUUACCAAUUAAAAAUCAAUUACCAAUUAAAAAUCUUGUCAUGUAAAUUAAUUUGUUUUAACAGGUAGUUUGUCUGGCAACAGGCACUAUCAUAAAAGUGGUUGUUGACGAUCCUUAUAUGAAUGUCUGGAUAUUGCCAUCAGCUGCAGAUAGGGGCAAUGCAGGAGGUAAACCAUAUUUCUCCUUUCUUCCAACAUUUAAAUGGUAUCUACUGUAAAUAUUGUUGUUUCAUUUAAAUAAUUUUGAUUUUUAAAAUCUACAGAAAAUAAAUAUACCCUUGAGUUUAUGAAGUUAUAAUUUAUAUUUUGAUUUAUGUAAUCAUAUUUGGUGCAGGCCUACAUUGUGUUUUCAGUAUUACAAAUAAUUAAACUGAAUAUGUUUGGUAUUGUAUAUGUUUCAUGUCAUGUAUUCUAUUGAUUUAGGCCAGUGUGGUGACAAUAAUGGAGAUGGAAAUAAUGACUUUCAGUUGCCAGACUCUAGUAGAUACAUAUUGGUUCCUGGAGAUUCUCAGUUUGGAGUUAUAUCACCAGACUUUUAUAAUAAUGCCUGGAAAGUGUGAGUACAGUUUUUAAAGUUUCAAUCGAAUUUUGUGGAGAUGUAUAAAUUACAUUUAAUAAAUAUUAGGAUACAUUUGUUUUUUUGCUUCAUUGCUUUUACUAAGUGGUACACGUCAAUGGAUGAUUCUAUCUAAAUUUAAAAAUACCAUCUUAAAAUACCAUUUUAAAAACUUGCAAUUUAAAUUUUACAAAAAUCAUGUUAUUGUUCUCAAUGUGAUUUUUUACUAUAAACACAAAAAAAAAUAAUUCUCAAAUUUAAAAAAAAAUAAUAAUAACUUUGUUUUCCUUGUCAUCUAUGUAAUUAAUUAUUAAUAACCAAUGAUCAUGGUCCUAUUACAGAUUCUCAGAUCUAGUCUGCAUCAAUAAAACUAAUGAGAAAUGUUUAUACUUUUUUCUUAAGUUCCAAUGCAAGUGACCUAGCUAGCAUUUUUGCACCUGGUGUUCAAAUCACAACAGAACCUCUGCCAGAGUACUGUUACCUCUGGUCCAACAGUAGUACCGGUACCAAACCCACCUGUCAUCAGUCAGCUCACUUAACUACUUGUGGCUACGUAACAGGUAAACAGUAAAGUCAGCUUAAAUAAUCAACAUUUAUUUGUAUUUAUUUUUAAAAUGAAAAUAAGAAUAAUUGCAUAAACCAUAUUAUAAUAAAAAAAUAAAUCAUAAUUUGAAUAAAUUACAAAUUUUAAUCAUCACUGUCUUUUUCUUCAACUUCUUUGAAUACUUACGAUAUAAUGAAUAUAAUGUUCUUGUUUCUUUUUUAUAUCAUGGAUUUACAUUUACAAGAAAAAAGGAAUGAUCUAUUUUUAUAAAUGUAAAUAUUUUGAAAAAAUGAAAGUUAAAUAUCAAAUUCGAUUAAGUUUGGAAUCAAUGGAGAAAAAUAUAUUUCACAUUGUUUUUCUUACGAUUAUAAGAUCCCACCAAAAAAUACACAACUGAACUAUCCCCCAAGACAAUCAUUUCAAAAUACACAACUCAACUAUCCCACAAGACAAUCAUUUCAAAAUACACAACUGAACUAUCCCCCAAGACAAUCAUUUCAAAAUACACAACUGAACUAUCCCACAAGACAAUCAUUUCAAAAUACACAACUCAACUAUCCCCCAAGACAAUCAUUUCAAAAUACACAACUCAACUAUCCCACAAGACAAUCAUUUCAAAAUACAUAACUCAGCUAUCCCCCAAGACAAUCAUUUCAAAAUACCAGAAAAUUUAGAGGAUUAUUAAUACUAUUAAUAGGGUUUUAUUCCUUUUUUAUUUUUACUUAUUCAAUGGUUUGAAACAUAUUAAAAAAUGAAUUUCUUUCUCCAAAAAUAAAUGACAUAUAUCUCAAUUAAUCCAUUAUGUUUGUCCAUGCAGGUGAAGAUCAAAGUAAUAAACUUCUUGAAAUGAUGAAUCAAAUGACCAGCACUGGCAGUAAGAGGAAAAAGAGACAGGCUGUGGCACAGGAGGAGGAAAUUGUCAAUACCACCAGAGUGGUAUGUAUAUUGUCUUUUGUAAAAGUACAAUAACUGUUUUGUUUUAAAUCACACUUUAUCAUAACUUAUGUAUAAUUUUUAGGUGAUAAUAAAGCAUCUCUGGAUAGGCGGAGAAAAAAAAAAGCUUUAGAAAGAAAUUGAUAUUUCAAUAAUUUUACCAAUAUCCAAAGGCACCUGGCUGGCCGACACCCACUGGAUGGACACUAGAGAAGGCUACUGAGUAUUGCAUGGACAACUUGUACAAUCCAUCUCUAGAAGCUUGUAGAGAAACUGUCUUAGCAAUGGAUGAAACACUGAAAUCAUUCAGUCUAGAUGAUGCACUGCGCGUUUGCAUUGAUGAUAUAAGGGUAGGUAGAUAGUUUCAUAGAAAACCUGCAUCUUCAAAUUAUACAAUUAAUUUCUCUCUUACAGACUACUUGAUGCAAAUGAGAUUGAUAAUACUAGCCACAAUUGUUUAAUUAGUCAUUUUAAUAUCACAUAGUUUAAAUUUAAUAUUAAUUACCCAUCUUAUUUGAUUACAUUUAUAGCUCUCUGAUAGUACCUCAUGGAUUCAAGGAGCUCGCCAAGUCGCUACUCAGAUUUGUAUUGAAGAAAUAAACCGCAAUCCUGAGUAUCAGAAACAGACCAAAACAAGUGACUUGGCCAUUGCCUUUAUGAAUACAACCUGCUUGCCCUAUGAUUGCAGUGGAAAAGGCAAAUGUUAUAAAGGUAUAUUGAUAUGUAGGAUGUGCGUAAAUUUAUUUAUCUAUAUUAUUUCAUUAUCAUUCCUUAAAUCUGAGUGUUAGUUACAAUGCUAAAUUAAACAUUUAAGAUUGAUUCAAAUGGAACUGAUAGCAGACAUAUUAUACAUCAGAAAAAAAUGUAAUAGUAGUUUACAGCUACAAGAAAUUAGUGAAGUUAAAAUAAUAUGCAAAUUAUUCAAAACAAUGUAUUGUUUCCAUUAUGAAUCUACUGAUUUCAUUUACUAAUCAUUAGAGAAAAGAACUGGGUGGCUGGAGAGUAGGGCUUGAGUUGGGGAGAAAAAUAGAAUUUUGGGCUAAAAUGGAGGGCAUUAUGAAGGGGAAAAGGUCUAACACGUGUAUUGGUUAAAAAAAUAAGGGUGGGGGGUGGAAUGAUGAGAUAUAAUGUUUUUAUAAAACCUGCAAGGAUUAUCUAAUAAAGGGAACAAAAAAAGCACUGUGAAAACCAUUUUUUACUAUAUCAUAUGAAAACUAAGCUGUUUUUAGAAGGACAUUUCCAUAGUACCAUUAGCUUUUAAGUUCCAAAGUUUCUCAAAAGAAAUCUUUGAGCUUUAUCUUUCUUGUUAGGUAUUUGUCUGUGUGAUAAGGACUAUGUUGGAACGGGCUGUGAACUUAGUGUUGGUCAAGUGACGCCUCCCACCCUUACACAGCCUGAUGAAGGAGUCCAUAUGUGUGAAAUCACAGCAACAUCUGACUGUUCUUCCAUUUACAUUACUGGCAAAGGCUUUGUCGGCUCAUCCUAUCUCUCCUGCCACAUUCAGGAAGUGGAGGUAAGUGUCAUCUGUUUAUAAUAGUGAUACAAUUUACAGCUCAACACUUUAUUACAUUUAUCAAAGACAGGUAUUGUGUUAAUAUUAACACUGACAUCUAAAUAAUCCCAAAAUAUUAUUAUUACAACCAAUAACUAGUUUUAAAUGAUUGAUUUUAACAUAAUUUAAAUUUUUUUAGUAUAAAAAAAUGAUUGUCCCACAAAAAUAAGGAUAUCUGCAGUAUUUUUUUGAUCUAAUGUAAAUUCAUUAAUUAUUAAUGUUUAUUUUACAUACAAUUUUCAGCACAUUUGCUAAAUAAUCUACUUCUGAAACAUUUAGACAAAGUUUAUUUAUUCCAUAUAAAUAAUUCACAUUUUAUGUCACAAAUGUUAUUCUUUUUUGCAUCUCUUAGGUUGCAGAGAGUGGGAUGAGAGAUGUGACCUCUAAAAUAACUGUUGUAAGAGCUGACUUACUGGGCACAGACUUGGUAAGGUGUGAUCUGGGCACCAAGAGCACAAUCAAGCGAAGUGUUAAAGUGUCAGUAAGCAACGAUGGCAAAACUCCAUAUCCAACUUACCAGUACUUUAUCGCUUACGAUCCUGUCUGUUAUGAAUGCACCAUGUAUUCUUGUAUUAAAAAUGUAAGUUUAAUAAGUUUCAUACAUACUUAUGUCUUUUUAAAAAAUAUUUAUUAACACGUUAGGUUUACAUAUAACUUUUUAAAUUCUAGGCACAUUGAUAUCAAUUAAAUAAAUUACCUAAUAUCUUCUUCAUCCACCUCUAUGCUUUAAAUAUAGCUGUAAAAAAAGAGGUUAUUAUUAACAGAUUUCUAAGUAUGCAAUAAUUUGCUUAUUAAUGAAAUCUUAAGUAUUUUAAUAUUUAUCAAAUACAGUAAGCAACAAUUUUUUGUUAUUAAAAUAAAUUUUGUUGGAUUUUGGAAAAUUGAAUGAGAAUUUAGAAAGUGUAAAUUAUUUUGAAAAAAAAUUUGAAUAUAAAGAAAAGAUUGGUAAGUAACUUAUAAGGGUAUCCAAAUGGGGUUAACUGAAUCAGAAAUUUAACACAUGAAGUACAUUGUUCCUUAACUAACACCAGUGGGUGGUGGUUAAGGGGUAAAUGGGGAAGAGGGUGGGUAUUACAGAGAAGCAGGUAAGGUAGAAAUGAAGGGUGGAAGGGUAGAACUAAGACAAUGGAGUUUGGAGAGGGGUAGAGUUGAAGGGUGUGGGUGUGUGAUGAGAGUACAUUACAUUGGUUUAUGGAAAGGGAAAGGGGAGCAGUGAAUAGGAUUGCAGGAGAGGGGGUUUGAAUUGGGGGGAGGAUUAAGUUGGGGAGGUGGUGAAAAAAGGAUAAGGGAUUUAAAGAUGGCAAAGAGUUUUAGGCUGGAGUGAAGAUAAUAUUGAAAAGGUAAAGUACUGGGGGGGGGGGGGGGGGGGGGGGGCUAAAGGAUGACAUAAAAAUUAUGAAUACUAAUCAUCAAAGUUAUAUUAUUCAUCACUGAAAGUUGUUGAUAUCAUUCCAUUUAUUCGCACUAAACUCUUUCGUCCAAAAAAACUAAAUUCAUUUUUCAUUUGAGAAAAUUGGUCUGGCAAUAAUCUUAAAAAAAUAAUGUAAAAUAACUUUGAUUAUAUUAAGCAAAUUAAAAAGAAUUUUAAAAAUUUAUUUUCAUAAACAUUACUAUCGUACACUAUUAAUAUAUCAUCUGUAAUAAUUAUUGAGCUCCUGUCUUCUCUCCUUUUCAUCAACAGACCGAUGUAUGUUUCAUUGGUACCACAUGUGUCAGUGAAGGUAAAAGAUCAGUGUACUCUGAAUGCCAGUAUUGUGAUCUGAAGAACCCUAAUAAAUGGUCUAUUGAUACAGGUAGUAAAAGCGUAUUUAUAUGAAAGAUAUUUCGAUUUGUUGAAAGGCAAUAAAAUUAAAAUUCAUUUAAAAUUGUUUUCAAUAAAGAACAAUGUAAUUACUUUAAAAAAAUUUUUUUUUUUUAAUCAAAAUUAAUCAAUUAUAUACAGAGUAAACUAUUUACAGGCAAAAUUACUAAAGUGUUAUUACAUAUCUCCUUGAAAGAUUAUACUUGCAUAUGAAGUCAAACAAGUUUUGUUUAUCAGAUACAGUUGCUGCAAAAAAAAUGUAGAGUUUUGAUUUCCAGUAAUCAUUUUUUAAAAAAAAGAAAAAAAUAAUGCUUAAAAGAAAUUAUAAAAUUAAUUUCAGCCCUAAAGACUACUUUUUUCUGUGGGACUAAAGACUACUUUUUUAUGUGGGACUAAAGACUAGUUUUUUAUGUGGGACUAAAUACUAGUUUUUUUAUGUGUGACUAAAUACUAGUUUUUAUGUGAGACUAAAUACUUUUCAGGAAUAACUGGUUGUAAGGAGGAUGAUAAUAAACAUACAACUGAAACCAUGGAUGUUACAACAAAAGCACUAAUCGCAGCAGGUGUUACCUUAUUGGUCCUACUGAUUAUUCUGGUUGUUGCUCUCUUCGUCUACUACAAACGGUAAAAUUUUUAUUUCUUUUCACCUAAUUUUGAUUGAAAAUUUGGGUACAAAUUAAGUUUUAAAUUUUUUUGGAUGGAUUCACUCAUUUCUUUUGAAUUUAAAUGUGAAACAUACAAAAUAUUUUUUAAAUAUAAUUCCAUCAGGUCAUAACAUAAAUCCAAAAUAUUUUUUAAAAAAAUUAACACCAAAGAAUAAAUAACAGAAAAUGAAAUUUUAACCAUUAUUCCUAAAUAAUAUUUAUGGGAUGCACAGGCUUAAUGAAAUAGGUAACACUAUCAAAGUUGGUAAUUAGGUGUAUUAAUAUCAUUAUAAAAUUGCAUAAUAAUGCUCUGAUGAUUCAUACAAAUAUGUUGGACUUGAUCUUUACUACAAAACAAAUUUUAGCUAUUAUUGUAGUCCACACUCUGUAAGCUACAGCUGUAUGGCUACUUUUGUCACAGUACAACAGUAUUACAAGUCUAAUCAGCUUUCUAAAUGAAAAGUCAAAUCAAGCCAUAGAAAGUUCAUUUAUGGUUCUUUGAUCUGUUGAAGUCUUCUAUUCAUUAGACAUGACAAAUUAUCCCAGACAUUAACACUCACUGGGUUUUUUUUUUUAACCACUGAAAUGAGUUGCCGAGUCCCAAUAUUGUAUAAUCCCAACACCUCACACUCAAUAGUCCCAGUCAAUUUUGUUGAACUUGAGUCAGCUCAAUUUUUGUAUAUCCUUAGUCUAUCUAGCUACUCACUCAGGCAUGUACUGACAUCUUGCCCAUGCUAUAAUGCACUGUUGUAUUGGAGGCUGCCACAAAGCCAUGUACUCACAUCUUGCCCAUGCUAUAAUGCACUGUGGUAUUGGAGGCAGUCACAGCAAAAAAAAAUUAUGUGUCUUCAAAAAUUUGUGAAAUAAUCAAUUGUCAAUCAAUAGAAUGUCUGAUAUUCAUAAAUUUCUGUCCUCUGUAUUUGAUAGAAUCUUGUGAGGCUUAGUAUCACAGUUUAUAUUUGAUAUUUAAAGCCUAUAAAUAUAAACGAUUUUUAAAAAUGACAAAAAUAAAAUAUAAGUUUGAAGUGGGAGUAACACACCCACACAAAGCAAUUAAUAUUCCAGCUUGAAUGUAGAAAAACUUGGCUACUGUGAACUCCAAUUUGCAAUACAUAUAAUUUUAAUCUUUUAAAUUUUCUAAAAUUUUGUAUUAUCUUUUGAUGCAAAUUUUUACUUUUGCCUAUUAUUUUCAAACAUUAAUUUACACCUUUAAACAAUGAUUUUUUUUAAAUUUUUUUUUUGCAAUUUCAAUACUUAGAAAUUUAACAUCUGCGUGACAGACAUAAAACAUAAAUAAAAAUUUAGCUCUUCAUAACCUUAAAGUUUAUAAUAUAUUAAUUUCAGACGUGAUGCUGCCAGAAAGCGUGAGGCUCGCCAGAUGCAUAGACAUGACAAUCAAGCCUAUCAGGACCACCCACCAUUUUAUGGCCAACCAGUCACGGCUAUCAAUACCAAGCCCAGCUCUGUCAAAAACAAUCUUUUAGGUCUGAAUUCACCAUAAACGUGCACAUUUAAACUUAUAUUUGAAAAUUCAAAUGAAAUAACAUAGCCAACAAUAUGUCCAUAAUGAAAUGUAAUUUUAAAGUUCAAUUUUUAUUUAAAAGCUAAGAAACACUAGUUUACAUUAUAUAGAUGCACACUUAUUAGUUUUCCCCACCCAAACUCAGCACAUUUUCUUAGCUUUUUAAACUAUAAUGUUUGCCUAACAAAAUAAAUUUUCGCUAUGUUGGCUGGAUUUACAGUAAAUACCGUCAACAUUUAGUAAUAAUUGAUUAACAUUGCAAGAAAAUGUUGAUAAAAAUAUCAAAAAUAGUUACAAAUGUAUUGAAAACAGUCAUUUUGCAUUACUUUUUCAACAUGUUAAUUCACUGUCGUAGAAGUGGCUUUGAAAUUUAGCUUUUAAAAAGGUAUUGAAUAAAAAAAGAAAAUUCUAAGGAUGAGCAACCUACCUAGCAAAGCAACCAGAGUUCUAGCAAAUGGGAAGUUAAGUAUUUGACUUUCUAUGGAAAUAACAAGUAUUUAUGCUAUUAAGUGGAAAUUAAGUAACAAAUUAGUUUUCAUCAUAUUUCAACCAUAAUUUUAUUGAAAACUUGACAUUCCUUAUGCUGCAAAAAUUUUAGCUUGACAUUAGAGGACAAGGCAAGUUCAUAUUUGCCAUUAAUUUGCAUACAAAAUUCAGGAGCUGGUGUGAAUAGAAAUGGUGAUUUACACAGCUGUGUGGAUUCAAACAUUAAACUUUGUUUUGAAACUCCCAAUUUCAAUGUUUCAAGUAUUUUGUCACCUGGAGCAGUUUUCUAUACUGCUGUGACUAAAUUAUACUGCAGCACUUAAAAAAUAUUAAUUUUCUCUACAGAGAUUUAAUUUCUUUGCUUGAAAUGUCAAAAUAGAAGUGAAAUGAUCUCUAGGUUAUUCCACAAUUCACUUUUCCCACUUGUUGCAUGUGUCAAGUGCUGACUGGGAUUUCCAAACCUGUAAUAAAUAAUGUUUUUGAUUGCUUUAAAAUGCAGAAUUAGAUAUCACUUGUAGUUUGCUGACUUGCCUUUUUUUUUUUUAGUUUAAGAUUUUUGAAUUUCACAAUUUUGUUUUCAAAGAUUAGUUCUUUGUUGGCUGUUAAUAAAUAAAAACAGUUUCAAACCUGCAUGACAUGUUUUAAACAAAUGUCACUGCCAAAAUACACUUGUUUUAACGUCCUUUUUUAAAAAUAUUGAUGUAAAUUAAAACUUUUGCAACU